CAGGCGAGCGGGCGGACGUGCGCGGCCGCCCCGCCGCCCUCCGCCAGGGGCCGCGGAGAGGCGCCCAGGGGCCCGCGGAGGACGUCGGCAGGGAGAUCCUUGCGCUCCUGAGGCCGGGGGCGCGGCAGGAGGACGAGGCCGCCAGGGCCGCGGGGGCCGAGAAGGCCGCCGCUGGGCGGGAGAUCCUGGCCGCGCUGCAGUGCAACAGGCAGGCGCCGGAGGCGGGGCCCGCGGAGCAGCUGCUGGCGGCGCUGAAGGGCGGUGGCGCCGGCGGCGGCGACGCCCCCACGCCCGCGCGGGCGGGCGCCCGCGGGCCGCAG